GCAACUGUGAGAAUCACACCGAAGAGAUGGGGACGGAGAGUCGCGGCCCUAAAUAAGCCAUUUUAAACAUAAAUCUUUAUCGUAUUAACGUAACUCGGGUUAAUGCUGCUGUUGUUUACAUUUCCCGACAGGGAUCACUUCGGUUGGUAAAAGAUCCACGGGCCCGGGCCUCAGUCCGCGGUCUUGAGUUCGAAAGCCACCCGACAUCAGAGCAAGAGAGUCGGUGUGAACAGCAGAACCCGGCUGCACAACAUGGGCGACAGCAGAGGCUGAUCGUUUUGCUUCAUAAGACCCCAGUGUAUCAUCAGGAGCCUCAGAUUCUCGUAGUCCAGACAGUUCAUCCGUUUCCUCACCACCAUCAGGUCAGCGUUCGCCCCCGUUGGCCCCUUCAGCUGCCGCCAUGACUUCUCUCCCACCCAUCACUUCGGCUGUGAACAGUCCCAUCAGCAGCAUGGGCUCACCCUUCUCGGUCAUCAGCUCAUCCCUGGGGUCUCCUUGCCUUCCUGGAACUCCCUCGGUGGGCUACGGCCCCAUCAGCAGCCCACAGAUGAACAUGUUUUCCAGAAACGCAGAGAUCAACUCCACCGUGUCCAUGUCGGGUCUACAUGCUGUCAGCAGCUCUGAUGACGUGAAACCGCCCUUUGGUUUGAAGCCGCUGUCCUCUCACAGUCCAGGACCCAUGGUUUCACAGAAACGCCUGUGUGCCAUCUGUGGAGACCGCUCCUCUGGCAAGCACUAUGGAGUGUACAGCUGCGAGGGCUGCAAGGGCUUUUUCAAGCGCACUGUGAGGAAGGACCUGAGCUACACCUGCAGAGACAAUAAAGACUGUCUGGUGGACAAGCGCCAGAGGAACCGCUGCCAGUACUGCCGCUACCAGAAGUGCCUGGCCAUGGGGAUGAAGAGAGAGGUGGUCCAAGAUGAACGACAACGAUCCGUUCAGGAGGAGCGUCAGAGAAACAAAGAGCGCGAUGGAGAGGUGGAGUCCUCCAGCGCUGCCAAUGAGGAGAUGCCCGUGGAGAAGAUUCUGGAGGCAGAGAUGGCCGUAGAGCAGAAAACUGAGCUGCACGCUGAUGGCAGCUCAGGGGGAAGCUCUCCGAACGACCCAGUCACAAAUAUCUGCCAGGCCGCUGAUAAACAGCUGUUCACUUUGGUGGAGUGGGCCAAACGGAUCCCUCACUUCAGCGAGCUCUCUCUGGACGACCAGGUCAUCCUGCUUCGUGCCGGCUGGAAUGAACUGCUCAUAGCAUCAUUCUCUCAUCGCUCCAUCACGGUGAAGGACGGCAUUCUGCUGGCCACCGGUCUCCACGUGCACAGGAACAGUGCUCACAGCGCCGGGGUGGGAGCCAUCUUUGACAGGGAGAGUGCGCACAAUGCAGAGGUUGGGGCCAUAUUCGACAGGGUGCUGACUGAGCUGGUGAGCAAAAUGAGGGACAUGCAGAUGGAUAAAACAGAGCUGGGAUGCCUCAGAGCCAUCAUCUUGUUCAACCCAGAUGCAAAAGGAUUGUCAAGCCCAAGUGAAGUGGAGUUACUGAGAGAGAAGGUCUAUGCAUCGCUGGAGGCCUAUUGUAAACAGAGAUAUCCUGACCAGCAGGGAAGGUUUGCCAAGCUCCUUCUCCGGUUGCCAGCAUUGCGCUCCAUUGGCCUCAAGUGCCUGGAGCACCUGUUCUUUUUCAAGCUGAUUGGAGACACCCCAAUCGACACUUUCUUAAUGGAAAUGCUUGAAGCGCCUCAUCAGCUGACCUAACCUGGACCAGUCUCGAUCCAGUUCAAUCCGGUUUGCACCAGGGUAUCGCAGUACCCCCUGGACUCUGGGGCUUUACUGUGUCUCACUUCCCAAUAACACCUUCCCCUCUACAAUCCUCUCCUCCACAUUCUCCCUGCCGCACCUUCAAACCAGUACAGCCACAAAAAAGACUCUUAAGCUGUCUGAAAAAAAAAAAAGAGAUGUUUUCCAUGUAACGUUUUACACCGUAUGAGCUGUCCAGAGAGAUCUUAUUUUUUCGAAUUCCCUGGAGGGUCUAAAUCAUAAGCUUUGUUUUAAAGACUUCAGCUUCCAGUUUUAGAACUCUCGUAUUGAUUCUAGAGAUCUCAGUGUGUCGUUUUGGUUUCUAUGUUACUCUGAAUGCACGAACUGUACUUUUUUCUUUUGUUUUGUUUUUGGGGUCACUGCAGUUAGACAGCCCUUCGGCUGAAUUUACAGUGCAUGUGUGACUGGAGUGAGAAUCCGGCAAGCCCUUUGGCUGGUACGAAUCAAGUCGUGGCAGGCCUGACCCUUUGUGUUUGACUGUGGAAAACUGCUAACAUGCUAUCUUUGGGAUUUUUAUUUUGAAAUCCUACUUUGUACUGUACUCAUGAAAUGAGUCCAAUUUAUAAAUGGCAUUGGAAAUUCUUGGCCUGCUGCAUCUGGCCCAUAUGAAAUGCAGGCCGGGGUUUUACAUUUGUGAAUAAAUGUAUUUAGGUUUUGUUGGACAUGAAUUUUUGAUCAUGAUCCAUGGAGGGCCUAAAGGCACAGAUUAAAUCUCGCAGGAAAAUCCUGCUUUUUUUGGUGGCAAUAGGAGGAAUGACCUUGUUAUUUUUGUGUUGUUUUUAAAUGAGCAAAUGUGUUGGUAUUGGUUUCUGUAACUUCUAGAGGACCUUAUACCUUUGCCGUUUCAUUAUUCCCACAAGUUCCUUUGAUGCAUUUUUCUUUCACCAAUUGUUCAAGUGGGAACCAAAUCCACACAAUGGGAACCACACCAUACCCCCCAAUAGACAAAUAUUUAUAAACUGUGUGUGUGCUGUGAAGUAUGUCCAACCACUCUUGCCCUUUCCAUGUCUUCGGUGUAGCAGGCCUAUUUUCAUUUGUGAUUGUCAUCAGGCUCCUAUGGAAUUAACUGGUACUAACUUUGGCGUAUUAAAACCACAAAAGUGAUCUUGAUUUGGUGUAGAGGCUGGGAUACAUUACAUGACUUUGCCUAAUUUUGGCUAUCUACAGUUUAGAUUAGAGGAGUCUAUGCUUGUUGCUGAAUUAGAAAGACAGUCUGCAGAUUUUGUUGUCCAAGUUGACUGACUGCAUGGAAAAUUGGUGUUUGAUUGGCACAGAAGUCUUUGAAUAUCAAGACCUGGUUGACAUUUUGAGCCAAUCUUAAAACGCAUCAUUUUGUGGCACAAGUGUGUGUGCAAUUUGUUUUUGUUUGGAUAAUUUGAUUUGGUUUAUGAUGCACAGUUUUUGUGUAACUAUCUGAAAAGUUCUAGAUAAUGUAAUGUAUCGCAACCUUAAUGUGUCAGUCUAGAGUCAUCUUCUACAUUCCAUCUGUUCAGGUCGCCUCCUUCAAAACUACGGUCAUCUGUCUUAUUCAGCAGGAAAGGAGGGUGCAGGGCUAUGUGCGAGUUGUGUGUUCUGUGUGAAAGAUCGAAGUGUCAAAACCAGCAUCCAUCACAUCUAUGCAUUUAUGCGAGAAUGAUCGAGAACAUGCAUCAGGGAGAGAAUUCAGGCCAUUGAACAAGAUCCAGCAAAUGCACCAGUGUUAAUGGUGGAAACCGUUGUUUUAUAUGCCCAUUGGUUUUUGUGGCUCAAACCAAGUACUUUUAGGCAGAGACUUGAAAUCAAAUACUCAGUAUUUGAAGGUUUUAUAGGGAAGAAUGAAUUGAGUGGUUCCACCUGUUUUGGUGCUAAAAAUGACAACAGUUAGACACAAAUGUUGACACCAAAAUAGACACGCACAGCUGUGGUGAAAAUAUGCAAUUUCUCCAAUAAGCUUGAAUUUGAUAUGCCAAUUUCUUGUUUAAUACACCAUCUUCUACAUGAUGAUCAAUUGUUGUAUCCAGCUAUAUGCAGAUAUUGCUCUCUGAAGUGUUUUUUUUUUUUACAUCUGUAAGGUGCUUAAUUUUCCAGUAUAAUCGUGCAGUACAUCAUGUAAGAUGGUUCACAGGAUUGAUAGGUUGUACUGUAUUCUGUAAAGCUAGCCAUUGACAUAUGACUGAAUCUAGACUUCCACUUUGUGACUAUUGUUCCCCAUGUGUUUUUGGUAGGGCCAGUGGUCUUUUUUAUGUGAUUAACAACUGACCCUGGUCCAGUAAAUUUGGCUUCCUAGUAGUUUAGCUUCCUCUAAGAGUUCUUGCAUGCUUGUCCACACCGUUUUCAUAAAUCCAGGAAUUGAGGCUAAUUCAGGUGGUGAUGAUGGUCUGCUCGAUACCGGAACAGCGGGAAGGUCAUUUGAUUGUGCACUGUAUGCUUGUGUUUUCACGUGGGCGACUCGAGUGUUGCCAGAGUUGUCAGUCAGCCUACGGGGGAGGUGUAUUUGGGUAUGUGUGUGCGUGUGCGUCCUGUCUAUGUGAAAGAUGCAUACAAAAGUUAUCAUGUGGUGAAUCGCUUCACUGUAUUUCCUUGAAAUGGAGUGCAAUGGCCCCAGUCUCCUAUUACUUGAUUGCUGUUUGCCAUAAUCGACUUACGCUUGACUACAUAUUACUAAAAACAUACGCUGUAAGCUCUUUUGGGGUCCAGGAUUUAUUCCCCCACCCUCUCAACUCUUUCAUAAUCUCACAUUUUAACAGUUCUCAGUUAGUUUAGGGUUGCAAAGCAUUCAUUGAAAUGAACAAAAUAUAUAUAUAAGCCUUGCGCAGGUUUUUUUGUACCAUUUUCAGUUUUGUUACAGCAGACCGUAACGCUUCAGUUAUCCGUAAUGCACCUGAACUAAUUCAGCACUGCCAAACAGGUGCGACAGGAGAGUUUCUAACUAACCCCUACUGGUCGACUGUGUACUGUGAUGAUCACUUAACAGAACCCCUAAUGCAACUAUUUAUACCCAGCUGAGAGACAAAGAGAGAGAGAUUCAGAGGGUUCUGUUGGUGCAUUUUUUUUCCUAAGGCCUUGUUGCUGCAAUUUUUGUCACACAUGUUGGGGAAAAGCCCUCCUGUUUGUGUAUUUGAAGCCGAGUGGCGCUCUGAAAUAUGCACAGUGCAAACUGAAAUUAAUCUCCGCCUGAGAAUGAAGUGGUUAAUAUGCACGUUACAGUCUGAGAGCUGAUUGACGUUGAACUUCGUUUGUGGUUUAUCAGCGAAUGUUUGCUCGAGUAAAGACAGAUCUGCGUAAGAUAGGAGGGAAGAAGGUCAGGAGGGUUCACACAGGUGAAUUACACAAAACGUAUGUUUACAUGACACCGCUGUUGGCUAAAAAUGAGAGAUUUCUUUUAUUGUUUAUUCAUUUAGCCAGUUAAUUUUAACGCCGUCAGUCCUGGAGGGUCGGUGUCUGGCAGAGUUUAGCUUCAACCAAAUUAGACACCCUUGAACCAGCUAAUCAAGUUCGUACUAGGUGUUCUAGAAACUUCCUGGUAGUUAUGUUGAAGCAGGUUGGAGCUAAACUUCUUGGGCACCCCUGAUUUAAAGGGAUAGUCCACCCAAAAAUGAACAUUUACUCCUAUUCAGGUGGUUCUAAACCUUUGAGUUUCUUUUUUCUGUUAACCACAAAGUUGAUAUCCAUAGUAAUAAAAUCAAAUACUGUGGAGCUCAAAGUUUCCAACAUUCUCCACUGUCUUAAUUUGUGUUCAGCAGGUGAAAAGUGAAGGGUGAAUAAUGACAAUUUUCAUUUUUAGGUGACUAUCCCGUCAAACACCACCUUAAUUUGGGGGUGGGAAACUCUUUUCAAAGUGCACACUUUUGAAAAUGACGUCAUUUGUGUAAAAUAAAGUAGUCGUGUCAUGUAGCUUGUACAACCAGGACAACAGUGGCAGACUAGAGAACUCCGCAGGUGUUUGUUUCUUCACCAAGAGACAUAACCAGAUAUUGAUCAACGUGAAGGGUUGUUUUUGUAGUGAAACAUUUUGAAAAUGGGUGGAAUGAAAAACAUUCCCAUUUUUAUCUCAGAGCUGUCAUGUAAACGCCUUAAGAAUGUGUCCAAGUCAUACUUCACUGCAAAGUAAAAUCUCAUUAGGUGCCCAUUUUCACUUUUUAUGCAGAGUGUUUUUAUUUAUCCUGAUUCAAAUUGAAAUCGUUGAGCUACAGUAAUGGAGAUUACUAUUUAGAUUAAUUUGAUUGACUAAGUAAAUGUCAGAGUGCAUUACUGAAGUGAACUUUUGUCAAAAAUAUUUCGUUGUUGGUUUUGUGGUGAAAUGUGACAUGGACAUGUUCUUGUGCGAUUUCAUUUAAAUAGGAACGUAUUGGAUUGAUGUACAGAUGAAGGAGGGCUACUCAAUGGAUGAUUUUGUACUUUAAAGUGGGUAGGCCGAUGAAAAUGGUGAUUGUUUUUGGGAGUCUGAGAUUACGGACUUGAAAGUUUUCUUAAUUUACUCCCACCAAAAGAAAAAAAAACGACAAAAAUAUUGCUUCUCAGUAUGUUUUCUGACUGCUCUUUUCUUAUGCUUUACAUCUUUGUGUAUCCUGAUGUAUUAGUGUAAACUGUUAUGUUAUUUGGGGUCUUUUCCCCCUCUCCUCAACCUUCCCUCUUCAUUUUUCUUGUCUAGUUUUGAAAUCUGUCUCCAGCAGUUGUGGAAAUGAUUGACUGUACGGAGUGUGGAGAAAGAGAAAAAAAAAAUCUUUCUUUUUGCUUUAUUGUCAUUAAUUCAGAAUCUGUUUUGUUGGAUGUACCAUGUGUAAGUAAAGGUUUUAAUACAG